UAUCUUUUUUUAAAGUUUCUGGAAAAGCCGACCACACAGAUUCUUCUAAGGAUCACCCGUGCGAUUUCAAAUGCUCCUGUCAAAAUAUGGCAGGUGAUUUGUGUCUAAAAGCAUUUUGCCUUGAAUGCCUACUUAUUUGUGUGAGCGCAUACUGCCGGAGCAGUGACCAAAGCGAAAAAUGUGUCAUUCCUAAAGAAUUCAUUUGUGUACCAGAUGAAUGUGGAAAUCCAACGUACGUUUGUGAAGACCCAUUUCCAGUUGAACCAGGGAAAUGUCCAUAUUUUAACAAGAAGCUUCAGAGAAUGGACGUCACAGAGUGCACUGCAGAACAAGCGUGUCCCAGUGAACCUUACCUAGCAUCAGCUCUCGUUCAGAAAAGCGAAGAUUGUCUGGCAAAUCCCAAAAGGACAAAUCGCUGUUUUGACCAAAAUUCGAAAAGCACAACAGAAAUGAAUACAAGGCUUCAAUCCACGAAACAGCACCAAACAAGCUCUAUCGAACACCUACCACGAGACAGUGGCGGAUCAGGAGCAGCAAUAGGGGUGGUGGUGGUUCUACUGAUCCUUGUGGCUAUAUUGGUGAUGCUAGUGGUGUUUUACAGGAGAAACAUAUGUGGUGUCAGGAAAACAAUAGAGCCAUUGGUUGAUAAUAUCAGAAACCAUCUUCAAACCAACAGAGAAAGUGAAAUAAUACCUUCUGAUAGAAAUGAUGAGGAGGCAGGAGAAGCAGUUGAGACUGAAAAGCCUUUACUUCCAGGUAAUGAAGCUCCAGUGAAUGGCUUAGAAAAACAGAAACAAG